AUCGAAAAGUGGGAGUGCUCCCUUCUACCUCGAAAACAAAAACAUGUUCAGUGUUGUUGAAUCUGUAGCGAUUUGUUCAGUGGCACUAGUAAAAGAAUAAUUAAAAUUACAAAAUAAAAAUGAUAAGCGUUCAAGUAAGUACUGCUUCUGGCGUAAGACAAAUCUUUACUACCGAAAUUCCAUUUAAAAUUCGUGAGUUACGUGAUCGAUUCGAAGGAUUGAGAGAUAAUUUUUACUUUGUACAUAAUGGAAAACUUGUGGAUGAAAACAUCACUUGCUACAAUGGCUACAUAUCUAUUGUUCCACGAUUAUUUGGUGGAAAAGGAGGUUUCGGUUCGAUGUUACGUGCAAUUGGUGCCCAGAUUGAGAAAACAACAAACCGUGAAGCUUGCAGAGAUUUAAGCGGUCGUAGACUUCGUGAUAUUAACGAAGAAAAACGAUUAAAAGCUUGGAUCGAAAAACAAGGAAAUCGGGAAAAAGAAGCGGAGGAACGGAAAAAGAAGAAACUAGAAAGACUUUGCGCCGAGCCUAGACACGAAUUUAAAGAUCAAACUUACGAACGCGAAAGAUCAGUUUUAACUGAGAGAGUUGGAGAUGCAGUUGAGGAAGGAUUUAAAGCUGCCACUACUGGAGUGAAAAGAAAGCUUGAUGAAGAUUUUAAACCCAAUAAAAAGAAAAUAUUAUUAGACCCUGACAUAGAUUCAGAUGAACUAAAUAGUUCAGAUGAUAGCGAAGAAGAUGAAAGUAAGUCCAAUGAAGUAAAUAAAGAGACUGAACCAGCAUCAAAUGAUAGUGGACAUUCCAGUGAUGAAAAUGGAAAACCUGCUAAAACUAAUGAGAACUCAGAAGCAAAGUCUGAGAAUUAAUGAUACAUUGAUUUUAAAUUAAAUUAAAAUGUACCAACGGAUGCCUUAAACAAUCCAUAUAUGUUCUCUGUUACAAUAAAAGUUUUAACUGUUGAGGCAUGGCUAUGUAAUAAUGUUUCUUAUUUAGAUGAACAUAUUAUUUUAUUAUGUUAUACAUUAAGAAUGAAGUUUACAGUAUUUAAGACAAAUAGGUUUACAAUAAAUUUGUUAGUGUCUUUUAAAACCUGUAUGUAAUAAAUUAAAAUAAUUUCCAGGCAACUAACUCAUUAGUGAGCUUAAUACCCACUGCAAAUAAAGCAAUUGAUGCAAUAAAUGGCAUCAAAAAUUCA